UUGAGUGAUUUCGGGAGAAAACCAGGUCCAUGCCCCGCUACCGUCCUCCUCGGGGACACGGUUGACCGCGCCCUCCCUCCGCCCCGCCGCGUUUCUCGCCGCCCUCCCCCAAAACUCCGGCAUCCUCCGCUCCUCCUCGGGACCCCCUCCGACCGCGCUGCAACCCACCCCAAUGGCGGAGGCGCUGCUCCUCGCGUGCCACCUCGCCCUCGCAUUCUCCCUCCUCGCCGCCUCCCUCUCGCACCUCCUCGUCGCCGCCGUCUCCCACCUCUCCCCGUCCUCCCUCCACCACCGCCUCCUCCGCCUGCUCCGCCACCCGCUCCUCCGCCUCCUCCCGCCGCUCCUCGCGCUCCCCUUCGCCUUCCUCCCGCUGGCCUCCCCGCCGCCGCUCCCGCUGCUCCUCCUCCCGCCGCUGCUGCCGCUCCUCCCGCUCCCGUUCCUCCCGCCGCACCUCCCGCUCCUCCUCUCCCUGCCCCUCCUCCUCCUCGCCCGCGCCGCCGGCCUCCUCGCCGCCUCGUUCCCGGCCUCCGACCUCCAGCAGCACGCGCUCGCCGUCGCGCGCCUCCUCCUCCUCGCCGCCGCCGCGGCCUCCCUCGCCUCGUCGCUCGCCGCGCACGCGCCGAGGGGCGCCGCGGCGGCCGCCGGCGCCCACUUCGUCGCCGAGGCGGGGCUCGCCUGCGCGGGCGCCGUGGGCGGGCUCUGGGCAGCGCAGACCGGGCUCAGCCUCUACGUCGACGCGUGCGUACCCGCCGGGUGCCACCGGCUCCUGGACGCCGGUGGCGCCGCGUCGCCCGUCACGCGGUGCGAGGUCGAGGAGGCCAGGCUCAGGGCCGUCGCCGUCAUGGACCUCGCCCUGUCCGUGCACUGCGUCGUCGUGGCCGCCGUCACGGCCGGGGUUCUUCUCGGGGUGGCGAGGUGGUUUGGGGUUGACAGCGGCGCCGGCGUGGGGAGGAGGCAUAAGGGAUCGUCGUAUGAUGCAUUGCCCACGGUGGCUCCGGCUGGGGCCAUGGCAGAGAUGGAGCAUUUACAGGGUAAGGGCAUUGUCGGCAAGAUCAUGGCGCAGGAGUGAUAUUUGAAGGGUUGUAUUGGAUUAACUUGGUCCAUUUGGACCGACUAGAGUAUCUAAUCUUGUCCAGAUGUGAACCCCUGAAAUCGAGGGGAAAUUUUGGUCAACAUGGCAGCAGGAUUUUGUUCCGAGGGAGAGUACUAGUAGUUGCUGCUGUGGACCAAUUGCUUUGUUGAAUUGGCCAAUAGCUCAAUCUAUACCUGGGAAAUUGUUGUAGGUCAUGGAACUGAUCUCAGUGCAUUGUUGAUGUUUGCAAUAUGAAGUAGGGUAGUUGUGGCUACUUCAAUCAACAGAAUUGAAUUUGCAAUAUUUCUUGUUUAUUACUGGUUUCAUAGCUAUGGUUGUUCAUCUGUUGAGCUCUGGCCGUCCAUUCAGAUACCGUAAGGGAAUUAUUAGCUAGAUUUUUGGCCUGUGAUUGCAGUUGUAUUUGAACAAUCGAGUCUUGCGUACUGUUUCUUGGCCAAACUCAAACAUUUGUUAUUGACUUAGUUUUAAUAAAGAGUGAAAUCUUGAAGGAGCUCAAGCAAUUACCUGAUGAACUCAUAAUGAUGUUAGUUGUUAGACGCAUGCAUCAGAUGUUAUUAAUUUCACAAGUGACAUAAAAAAAUGAACUUUUCAACCAGAAGUCAAAUAAUUCAGAAUCUCUUUGCACCAAGAGGAUUAUUCAGAAUUAGAACCCCAGGGAAUAGCCUGUUAGGGACACCAUUGGUAGGUUCUCAUCUCGAUGAUUUGUUAAAUUUGAUAUCAUUACUUUUUUGUUAUUUGACUAGAACGUGAGAAAAGGGUUAUUCAUCAAACUGAAGCUAAAGGGUUGACAAGAACCUUAUUCAGUCAUAUCUGUUAAUAAUAGCCUUGCAUGAUGCAUCAUUUGUCAAACUUAAAAUGCUUCCUCUUUUUAUGCCCAUGUUUCAAUUUUUACUUUCAGAUUUAUGAUUGAAUUUUGGAAAUGAAAUUUCAUUUAUGGUAUCUUUGGGUGCUUUUUAUUUUUUUGUUAUAUCUAUCACAUAUUAACUGAAGUACUCCCUCCAUUCUCUUUUGAUAGUCCUAUUUCCAAAACUCAAAUAUUCACAAAUGAUAGUCCUAUUUGCUAUUGACAAGGACCAUGACGAUAAAUAGCAUCAGUAACGAGGAGUUUCUAGCAAAGACAUUGAGGGACUAGCAAAAAGCCUUGUGUUACAUUAAAUAGAUGGUAAGCAAGGUUGCUUUUCGUUAGUCAUUGUGUCAAGGUGAAAUAGGACUAUCAAUAGAGAAUGGAGGGAGUAUAUAACUAUAUCUAGGUGUAUCUGUUGAGAGUGGCAAACCUGUGUUGUUUUCUUCACAACAAUUCUUUUAUGGUUGUGGAAAAUUUUCCAUUGGAAGCUGCAAGAAUCUUCUAUUUAUUUAUAUUUUAUCAUAGAUAUGUUUUGCAGCAAAAGAUGUCCUCUAGAGAUCCUGACAUUGACAACUAACUACUUGCUAUAACAUCUGUGCUCCAGAUCUACACCUUUGUGGAUUUCUUGCCUAGUGCUUCUUUUUAUUAGUGGAGAAGCUGUUUGGCUACUACUUAAACCGAAGGGUCACUUAGGACUAUAAUCUAUAUUUCUAUCCACUAUGAGAAUCUUGUUGAAUUCUCAUUUAGUAGUAGUUUAUCUGUGGGUGAAUAUCAUUUGACUCUGGUUGAACUUAUGCUUGCGCAGAUGCAAAAGUGAAUUGCUAGGUUCAGAAUUACAUCUUCGAUUGUGUAUGGGUCUCCGGUAUGCAAUUUCUCCUUGUGGUUGUAUAUUUAUGUGGUGAGUGGGAACCAUCCGGUAGUUCCUUGUCCCAAAACAUAUUCAGACAACUAUCCAAGCAUGCUACUUAUAUUUGGACAGGUCAUCCACUCCUUGGCAAUUCUAAUUAAUAUUUAGGGAAGUGCACAUGCUUUACCAGUAAAAAUUGUGAUUGCAUCUUCGAAGAGGUUGUGAAGAGUGAACCAUGUGAUGUGGCUAAUUUAUUAUUCCACUCAACUUAUCAAGAGCUUCUGUUGGCAUGUAAUAUUAUUGUCUUAUGCAUAGGUGUCAAGUCAGAUAAAAAAACUGGUAAACAUCAAAGUGAGUGUUUAGCUUUCUUUUGAAGCAAAGCUGAUUAAUUUUGUUUUAGCCUUGCCAUACUAGGUGAGAUGACAUGAAAGAUGGAGGUUAUCAGGUUGAACUGCAAAUAGGAACCAAAUGCAACCUUGAGUCGGACCAAUUGAUGAUGGGCACAGUCAGAUGCCAUUGGACAAAAGCUUUCUUCAAAAAGAUAGUUCCACUAUGUAAAGUAUAUGGUCUCUUUCUAGGCGGUUAAGCCUAUUUUUAUCACUUUACCACUCUGUAAUCCAGUAGCACCUUGUUUUAAUUAUACAUCAAUUGCUGCUUGUCUUGGUCAUAUUAGUUUAGUUAUUUGUGGUAACUGCAUCAUGCAUAGUAGCUUCUGAGCACUAUAUAAAUGGCAGGUAAGCUGAUUCAUUUCCAUAUCCCUCCAAUGUUGUCUGCAUCUUGAGUUUAGAACCGAGUGACAAUUGGCAUGGCUCUCUUGGUCCCUCUCUCCCUUGAAGGCUCUCUCUGGUAAAUCUGGUUGGCUUUCCUGCACAUAUCCAGUACCAUCUUGAGAAAGCCUUCGGGGAGGAGGGAGCCCAAGCAAGCCACAGUGCCUGUACCAAAUACAGAAAAGAUGUGUACUUUUCAGAAAAGAUGUGUACUGAUUGGUUAUUUUUUUAUUUGGUUAAUUUUUUUGAGAACUUGAGUAUUUACUGGUAAGUUAAUUAUCUUUACAAGGACUGGAUGCAUGAAGCUACUGAUCAUCUCGUAAACAGGUACGAGAAGGAGAACACUGAAGAAAGUCAGUUGCCAGGGCUUUCUUCACUUGGAGGUCUCAUCACUACUGAAUUAUGGGAAUAGGUGGAUGUUACUGUUGUUGAACGUGCUCAACUUACGACACAACAGCCCUAGUUUUGGCUCUGCUCCACCUCUUGUUGGGCCAUCAUGUCCGGCCCCCGGCCGCCGCAGAGAGAGUCCAACAGCAAUUAAGCCGUACCAAAAGCCCGUAUCAACACCAAACCAAGGCCUGCCCGACUCCCCGCCAAGAACACACCGUUCCCUUCACGGCCGCCGGCCGCCGGCCUUCCUCCGUUCCGCCAUCCUCCGAUUGCCUCCCUCUCUGAUCAUCGUUGCCUAGGACUCCGGAAGAUUUGCCGAGGAGUGGUCCACCCGGUUUGUUCCGUGCUUAUUUUUAUUUCUCUGAACUCGGCGGCGGCGCGAAGUCCUACCCACGCAUCCAUCCCGGCCGGCGCCGCUUUCCUUUCCUCCGCGUCGGCGUCGACAAGGUAGGGCAUGGAGAUGAGCACCGACGCAUGUGGAAGGCGGGAGCCACGGCCAUGUACCUGUGCUCCUCCGCACCUCGCUCCUCGUCUCGCGGGCAGCCUAUGGUUCCUGAUCUCGGGUCCAGAUCUGCCUGAAGAUGGGGUUGCUGUAUAUCGUAGGUUCUGUUCCAUUACAAUUUCAAAAUUCUCCGAAACAUGCUAUUACAUACCUCUUCAAUGUGUUUCUCAAAAUUUAUUGACCAAACUACUCCCAGUCUUCUUCUUCCUCUAUGUCACUACGUGAAAUAAUAAUGAUUCACAUACUUGUUUUUACUUGACCCAA